AUGCGCAGCUACCAGAUCGAUGCUUUGAAUUGGCUGCUGCACCAACACCAACUGGGAUUAAAUAGUAUCUUAGCAGAUGAAAUGGGUUUGGGGAAAACGUUGGAGACGAUCUCUCUCUUGGGCUUUUUGAAGCAAUAUCUGUCGAUCAGCGGUCCUCACUUGAUUUUGGUUCCGAAAUCGACGCUUGGCAACUGGGUGAAUGAGAUCCAAAAGUUCUGUCCGUCGCUCCGCGUCUUGCGUUUUCAUGGCACAAAAGAAGAGCGAAUCGACUUGAAGCCGAUGGUUCGCGAGAAAGACCGAAGCUGGGACGUGCUGAUCACUACGUACGAAAUGUGUGUGAUAGAGAAAGGCCUGUUCCAAUCUGUGGACUGGAACUAUUUGGUAAUCGACGAGGCUCAUCGGCUGAAGAACGAGAACAGCAAGCUGAGUUUGGUUCUGCGCCGAUUUUCGGUGAAAAACCGGCUUUUACUGACGGGCACUCCGCUCCAAAAUAAUCUGCACGAACUGUGGGCAUUGCUGAACUUUUUAAUGCCCGAAAUCUUCGGCUCGCAAAGCGUGUUCCACGAUAUGUUCAAUUUGGAGGAAGACGCUUCUCUCCAACAGAAAGAACAGAUGAUUCAGCAGCUUCAUCAGGUGUUGGAGCCGUUCAUGCUGCGUCGCCUGAAGUCCGACGUGGAGCAUUCUUUGCCUCCCAAAAUCGAGACGAUUCUGUAUGUCGGCAUGUCUUCAAUGCAGAAGGAGUUGUAUAAGAAGGUGCUGGUGAAUGAUUAUGAAAGUAUCGUGAAUUCGCGCGCAGAGCGAUCGCAUCUCCUGAAUCUUUUGAUGCAACUACGCAAAGUCGCCGGUCAUCCGUAUUUAUUCGAGGGGGUGGAGGAUCGUUCGCUGGAUCCGAUGGGAGAACACGUGAUCACGAAUUGCGGAAAAAUGGUGUUACUGGACAAACUGCUGAAGCGAUUGAAGGAAAAGGGAUCGCGCGUUCUCUUGUUCAGUCAGAUGCGUCGGGUUCUGGACAUUUUGGAGGAUUAUUGCAAUAUUCGAGGCUUCGAGUACUGCCGCAUUGAUGGAAGCACGGAGUCUGUGGAUCGCGAAGAAGAGAUCAACAGCUUCAAUGCGGAGAACAGCACGAAGUUUGUGUUUCUUCUUUCUACGCGGGCGGGCGGUCUGGGAAUCAACUUGGCGACUGCGGACACGGUGAUUCUCUACGACAGCGACUGGAACCCACAGAUGGACUUACAGGCUGAAGAUCGCGCUCAUCGCAUUGGACAGAAGAAGACGGUGAAUGUGUACCGGCUCGUCACGGAAGGGACAGUCGAGGAAAUGAUUGUGGAGCGAGCCAAAUUGAAACUGCGACUGGACACAUUGGUGAUUCAGCAGGGACGUUUGCGCGAGAAAUCGUCGCUUUCCAAAGAGGAGAUGAUGGAGAUGAUUCGACAUGGAGCCAACGAAGUGUUCUUGUCGACUGCAAACGGGAUUCAGGACGAAGACAUCGAUCGCAUUUUGGAAUCGGGUCAUCAGCGAACCGAGGAAUUGGCGCACCGCCGAUUUGCGCGCCAUUCGAUUGUGGAUAGAUUGCUGAACUUCAAGAUCGAUCACUCGUCGAUUUCCGUCUACGAAGGCGUGGAUUACACGGAAAAGCGAAAAGAACUGAAGCAGCUGAUCCUGAAUGAAGUGACAUUGGUCUCGAGUUCGCGUCGAACGCGUCGCGGUGUCAUUUACGAAGAUCCGAACGCCGCGCACGAAGAGAGCGCCAAAUCGCAGAAAGUCCGAGCGAUCGUGAAGCUUCCUUCCAUGUUUCCCCACCAAUUUUAUGCGAAGCAGAGGAUCGAGGAGCUCGCGGCGAUUGCGCAGAAGAAUUUCGAAGAUCCGUCGUAUGACCACACGGCGAAGAAAUGGCUUUCGGAGGAGGAGGAGGCGGAGCUUUCGCGGCUGCUAAGCGAAGGAUUCGAUAAUUGGAGGAAGGCGGAUAUGCUGGCCUACGUGCAGGCUGCGAUGGAUUUCGGCCCAAAGGCGUACGACCAAAUCGCGGAAGCGAUCGGUACGAAAACGGCGGAGGAAGUGGCGCAGUAUGCGGAGGUGUUUUGGAAACGAGGCCCGUAA